AUGGAAGUUGAUAAAGAAAACUGGCAGCGGCUCUUGCUCCCAAUUUUAAAAGAUAUUGCCAAUGCUACCUUUGUUUCUUUCGACUUGGAAAUGAGUGGUAUUACGACCCGUCCAAAACAUACAUCUCAGGAACGAACGCAUGAUAUUGGAAAACCAAGUCUACAACAGCAAUACGAAGAAGUAAAGGAGGCUGCCGAAACGUUCCAAGUUCUUCAAUUAGGUAUUACUUGUGUUGAGGAAGACCGUGAAAAGGAAUAUUAUCUUGCCAAACCUUACAAUAUCAACCUCAGUCCACUGUUGCUCUAUGAUAGAGUCUUUGAUCUCGACCGCAAGUUCUCCUUCUCCAGCUCUGCUACUAAUUUCCUUCAAUCAAAUGGCUUCGACAUUGGUGCAGUAUUCACCGUGGGCGUUCCCUAUCUAUCGGAGCAGGAAGAAGUCGAGGCUCGUGAACGUUAUGAUCAGAGGAUUGAGAGAAAUGCAGCAAUUCCUAGCAUUGUUUUCGACCCCAGUGAUGUUGGAACAUUGGAGUUUUACCGGAGGGCUAGGUCGAUUGUUACUGAAUGGAUUGAGGCAAAGGAACCUAAGAUGACCUUUGUCAACGUGGAUAAUUCCAAGGGUCCUUUGAAUGGUUUCCAACGAAGAUUAGUCCAUCAACUUGUCCGCAGCGAGUUCCCACAGUGUAGAUGUUUUGCUCGUUUGGAUGGAUCUUUCAUGCAAGUUGAAAAGAUUGAUCAUGAUAGAGAAGCAAGGUUCAAAAUCGAGCAAUUGAAGAAAUUCAACCAACGAAUCGCCACUCAAUCUGGAGCAAGAUUCAUCUUCGAAGCACUUUGCGGUGGUGACUUGACAGGUAUUGAUCCGAUGUGGUCGUAUACACAUGAUGAGAACGCCCAACCUAACACUGUCGAUUCUUCACAUGCUGCUCUUGAAGCAGAGCUUGCAAAAGUGACUAAGAAACUUAAAGAGAAACAACACGUCAUUGUUGGUCAUAAUCUUUUCACCGAUCUUUGUUUCCUCUAUAAGACAUUCAUUGGUGAUCUUCCAGCUGGAGUGGGAGAUUUUCAAUCUCGGAUUCAUUCCCUGUUUCCUUUCGUUAUUGACACCAAGUACCUUGCUACGUAUAAUAGCGAUGCUAUGAAACCUCGCGUUAACCUUAAAGAGCUUUUGAUUCCAUUUCAAAAAAUCCAUAUGCCACUCAUACUUCUCCACGAAAAGCACAAUACCUAUGGCGCCACCAAUGGAAAUGCUCACGAAGCAGGCUUUGAUAGUUGGAUGACAGCCGAACUUCUUGUCAAACUUUCAGCUCAGCUCUAUGCCGAACAAUCAGAUUCUCAAUCCCCACCUCGAGACAAUUAUAAACACGAUUAUAGCGAUGACUAUAAACCUUCUUCGGAUUCUGACUCUGAAGACGAAGGAUCCGGAGGUGCUUCUCUCUUCUCUCCCGUAUCCAAUUCUACUUUCCCAACAUCAAGUCGAAAUGUAGAUAGAAAUCUUCCCGGUAAUUGGCACGCAAUGCAACUGAAUAAUCCUUUUGCGGCGCUAGAACUCGAACAGACGGGUAAAAAUGGAAGCAAAAAUAAGAAAGACAAAAAGAAAGUACAAUUUGGUGACGGAGGAAAGGUGGAGGGUGGGAUUCAACAAUGGAUUCCGAAUGCGGAACAUGCAUUCUGGGAGAGUUAUAAGAAUAAGUUGAGGGUUAAUGCUAUCGAGGGAGAAGUGUGUGAUUUGAGUGGUGGCGGGAGAAGUGCAAAUGGGGUUAAUGGGGAAAGAGGAGAGAGGAUCAGGAAGCAAGGGAAAGUUAGGGGUGGUUGA